CUCAUCCAUCUGUCUCUGUUAGUGUGCGGAACCCCUCCUCUCAACACUAGGAUAGUGGGGGGUCAGGAUGCUCCUGCUGGGAGUUGGCCAUGGCAGGCCAGUCUGCACAGAUUUGGCAGCCAUUUUUGUGGGGGAUCCCUCAUCAAUAAAGAGUGGGUGCUGACUGCUGCUCACUGCUUCUCCAGGUGAGGAAUUGCAGGAUUGAUAGAAUCUUAACAUUUAACUCUUACACCAAACCUAAUCAUAACUCAAUUGAGCCUCCUUUUACAGUAAUACCGUUAUCUUUUUUAUAUAUAUAUAUUUUCUCAGCACCAGUACAUCAAAUUUGGUGGUCUACAUUAGUCGUCAGAGCCAGAAGUCUCUAACCCCAACGAGGUGAACCAGGCGGUCACUCAGAUCAUGUCCCACCCCAACUACACCAGUAGUACCAGUGACAACGACAUGUGUCUUCUCAAGCUCUCCUCCCCUGUGACUUUUACCAACUACAUCCGGCCAGUCUGCCUAGCUGCACCAGGCAGCUCCUUUCAUACUGGCACUACUAGCUGGGUCACCGGCUGGGGAACCAUCCGCAGUGGAGGUGAGAUUAAAUCUAAUGCAUGGGCAAUAGUCAAUAUGUUAAAUUUAUCCGUAAUAUAAUAGUAGUGAUCAAUUGUGACAAAAUACAUUUUCCUCAAAUAAACCUUCAAAAUUAAUAGAUCAAGUAAUACAUUUCAAAUCAUGUAGUACCAACUUUACUUGUCUGAGUGUGUCUCCCACCUCCUCAGUGUCCCUGCCCUCACCAAAGACCCUACAGGAGGUGGAUGUACCAGUAGUGGGAAACAGGCAGUGUAAC